AUGCUCCGCUCCUCGCUGUGGAGGAACGUGACAGCCCGAAUCUCCAACCGCAUCCCUCCCCAGUCUCCAUUCAGGAGAUACGCAACACAAGAACACCAAGCGCAUCAACCCAGACUUCAUCCAGUGAGAAUCCUCGGGCCAACGCUCUGGGCCCUUGCUGCAUCGGGGUCCAUCUACCUAGGCUGCGCAGCCUAUGAAGUCUAUCAAGAUGUCCAGCAAUUCAAGGGACAAGUAGGCACAGUCAGCUACAACAGCAUUGAUGCCACGAGGCAGAUUCAGGGAGUGCUUCGAUCGCCUGCAACCGCCAGGUUCUCGGUUUCGGACAUCUUCACAACCCCAUGGGCACGCCUCAACAGCGCAGAGGCGAUGCUAGUGACGACCGGUGGACUGAACUUUGCUGCCUUCGGACUCCAGCGCCUCAGCAGCAGUACUUUCAUGUUCUUUGCACACGUACCAAUGUACGCUCGCAACUUCACCCUCUUGACCUCCAUGUUCGGCCACUCCGGGUACCUCCACAUCGGCUUCAACAUGCUAGCCCUCUCGUCCUUCGGGCCCGCGCUCGCAGCCACGGCGACCUUCCAGUCCAGCGGUGCCCAUCUCGCAGCGUUCUACCUCACCGGUGGCCUCUUUUCCAGUCUGGCGCAUCAUAUCAGCUGCGCAUCGCCUAUAGCUAGGAUGGCUGCAGGUCGCAUGUCGCCUGGGCUGGGGGCCAGCGGUGCGAUUUAUGCCAUGGUAGCAGCCUAUGUGCUCAGCUACCCAAAUGUCAAAAUCGGUAUCAUGUUCGUACCGGUGCCUGCUGUUCCCGCGCUCUGGUCCCUUGUUGCAUUUGAGACUUGGGGGACAUUCUUCGGGUGGGGCGGCUUAAGACUUGCCCAUGCAGCGCAUCUCGGAGGGCUGCUUCUUGGGGCGGGAUAUGUGCACUUUGAUGGCAGGAAGAGGAUCUGGCAGCCGACGAGGAAAUUUGCAUUCAACGUGAUGCGCAGGAUGGAGAUUGUUUGA